AUGGCUGGUUCGUCCCCCGCUCGCCCAAACGGCAACCAGUGGGCAAGCUCUUCCUCGCGAUCAGUCAUAUCCGACAUUCUUGCUGGCGACCGCAAUUCCGAGGCCCGGCAUAGACUUCUGAUUGAGGCCGCUAGGAGGGAACAUGAACGUGUACGCGAGGAGGCCGAAAGGGUGUACCAAGAACACCUCUUGAGACAAGAGCAGGAACGUCUGGUUGAGGAGCGCAAGAAAGAGGAGGAAAGGAUACGAGCAGAAGAACAACUUGCUGCUGAGCGAAGGAAGCUUAACGCUCUCAAGGCGAAGAAAAUCGAGAUCCCGCCCGUCCUGCCCGAUUUCGAGCCAGCAAAGGCACCAUCUCCAGCCCCGAAACCUGCCUCAACGGCAUCCCCAUCACAACCACCCGCGACCCAAGUCAAUGGCAAAACACUUUUCGAAAAGCAACCCGAGUUGCAGCCAGCGUCUGCACCGGCUGCAUCGAAGCCUUUUGGAGGAUUUGGACAGACACUAACAAGUGCGCAACCUGCCACUGCUGCCCUGAAGCAAUCAACGCCUGCAUCUGCAGCCUCUUCUCAGCUUGCGACCAGUAACUUGCUAGGGAACAAUAUCCAGGUCAAUGGAACCGCCACGGCCACGACCAUUGCCAAAUCACCGACACCAGCACCCGUGCAACAAGGAGCGGACCGAUUGGCAGUGAUACACAAAAACCUGAAAGAGCUGCGGAAGUCUAUGUUGGAUCAAGCAAAAGCAAAUCAGGCGCUCAAAGCCCGUAUGGGAGAUAUGCGUCGAGAGAUCAGGAAGUGUGUUGGACAACUCACGGGAGGCGGCGCAGGAGUCAACCGUCAACAGAACAAUACCAUUGCUGCUCUACUACGCGAGGCGCUCGAAAACCGCGUACAAUCUCAGCUCGUUGACCCGAACACCUUCCUCGUCGAAUCACGAGCCCCAGUCCAAGGGCCUACCAACAACGAUCCGCAGGUCCCGUCGCUAUUUAUCUAUCUACUGAACGUCUUCGCCAAGGCCACCAUUUCCCAGUUCAUCAACGAAGGCGGUCCACGACCAGAGACAGCCGAUCCCGUGGGUGUCUGUAUUGCCGCCGUGUUUUCCGACCCGGCAUUCGCGUGGCGUGGGGCUUCCAUGAUCGACAUCCUUCUCGCCAAGUUCCGCAUCGUCUGUCCCGUCCUGUGGGGUUAUAGGGGCAGCGAGAAGACGGAGCAAGGACGCGCCAGGAUAGGGUGGUGGAAGGACAAUGGAAGAUGGGUUACGGAGCAGGUGCAUUUCGACCGAAUGACGGGUCUCGGUGCCGGCUUCGCCGCGAUAUCGUUGCGAAACUUCGCCUCGUCCAAGAAGCAAAACCCAUACCCACCACGACAUUACUGGGCGGCCAUGGCGAAGAUUGUCAACACCCCUUCGGGCGAAAUCUCAAAUACCCAGUGUGUGGUUCUGAAAGCUAUGAUCCAGAACUACGAGGAGAAGUUUAUCCAUGCAUAUGGAACUGCUGCCCUUGCGGCGUUGAGGACCGCGCUCGUAGAGUUCCCUGCUCGGGCACCGGUCAAGUCGAGUGCCGUGAAUUCGUUGCAGGUUGUCCAUGAUCUGCUCAGGAAGAGUACUGGAGCUGCACUUGGAUAAA